UCUGUUUGAUUUGUCGUGAUUGGCUGCAUCAUGGUUGACCUCUAGUAGAAAAUUCCCAACUCUACGAGUAUGAUAGUCUUAUAAUUUCAAGAAAAAUGCAAGCAAUAGGUGGAGCAUUUGCACUAACUAUAAAACCAUACCACACUCGCUGCAAACAAAAAGCUCCUAAUACAUUCGAGUGGUAUCAUCAACAUGGGAGAGGAAGCAAAAAGGUAUGCGGUAGUGACAGGAGCUAACAAGGGGAUUGGUUAUGGAAUAUGCAAGAAAUUGGCGUUGAAUGGAGUUGUGGUGAUACUAACAGCAAGAAAUGAGAAAAGGGGUUUGGAUGCGGUGGAAAGAUUGAAAGAUUUUGGCCUCUCAGAUCUUCUUGUUUUUCACCAACUUGAUGUUACUGACCCUUCCAGUGUUGCUUCUUUGGCACAAUUCAUCAAAACCCGAUUUGGAAAACUUGACAUCUUGGUGAACAAUGCAGGUGUUCCAGGAGGAAUAGUAAAUGGAGAGAAUGUUCUUAAAAAGAAAAGGGGUGAAUUAUCAGAUUGGAAUAUAAUAGUACCUCAAAGUUAUGAGUUGGCGGAAGAAUGUGUUGAAAUCAACUUCUUUGGUGCGGAGAGAGUGACUGAAGCUCUUCUACCCCUUCUUCAACUAUCAACUUCACCCAGGAUUGUCAAUGUUUCCUCUAGAAGAGGAGUGUUGAAGAAUAUACCAAAUGAGUGGGCAAGAGGAGUGAUGAGUGACAUUGAAAACCUUACAAACGAAAAGCUUCAUGGGGUGCUUAGGGAGUUUCUGAAAGAUUACAAAGAAGGGUCAUUGGAAUCCAAGAACUGGCCACCUGUUCUAUCUGGUUACACCAUGUCAAAAAAUGCCUUAAAUGCCUACACAAGAAUGCUGGCUAACAAGUUCCCUCGUUUUCGCAUCAAUUGUUUGUGCCCUGACUUUGUCAAGACUGAUCUGAACCAGAAUGUAGGGUUUCUAACCAUUGAUGAAGGUGCUGAGUGUCCUGCCACCCUUGCAUUGUUGCCUGAUAAUGGUCCUUCUGGUCUCUUUUUCUUAAGGGAUCAAGUUCUUUCCUUUUACUCCGUUACUUUUAAAGUUCAUCCCUCCCUUUUCAUCUUCUUCUCCCUCCCCACCCGCGCGCCCCUCUCCUUUCUUCUUCUCCCUCUCCCCACGCCGCGCCUCCCUCCCCGUGACUUUUUAAGUUCAUCCCUCCCUGUUCAUCUUCUUCUCCCUCCCCACGCUGCACCACCACCUCCCUCACCCACCCGCGUCGCCCCUCUACUUUCUUCUUCUGCCUGUCCCGCUCUUCUUCUCCCUCUCGUGGCCGCGCUCGCCCUCUCGCCUGAUCCCUCAAGUUCAGAUCUUCCAGCGGCAGUUUUCAUGGCCUCACUUUCUUCAAUGUACUAUGUAUUGAUCGAACCACAACACAAGCUUCAUGUUAACAUAGCUAUAGUGACUCACAUGAAUGUUGUUAAAUUGGUUUGUAGGUACGCUGUUGUGACUGGAGCAAAUAAAGGGAUUGGAUUUGCAAUAUGCAAGCAAUUGGCUUCAAAUGGCAUCACUGUGGUGCUGACAGCCAGAGAUGAGACGAGGGGUCUUGAAGCUGUUGAGAAACUCAAAGAACUUGGUCUCAAUGGCCAUGUGCUUUUUCAUCAACUUGAUGUUGCAGAUCCUGCAAGUAUAGGAUCACUUGCAGAUUUCAUCAGGAACCAAUUUGGAAAGCUAGAUAUUUUGGUAAACAAUGCUGGAAUUCCUGGAGCACAUGUGAACGGUGAGGCUUUGGUUGCUGCUGAUAUAGUGAAACAUGCUGGCCGUGUUGAUUGGAGUAAAAUAGUAACUAAUAGCUACGAAUUAACAGAAGCAGCUCUUAAAACAAACUACUAUGGAGCCAAGGAACUGACCACAACACUUAUUCCCCUUCUCCAGCUCUCAAGCUCCCCAAAAAUUGUCAAUGUUUCAUCAUCCAUGGGAAGACUAGAGAAUAUACCAAAUGGUUGGCCUAAAGAAGCACUGAGUGAUGUUGAAAACCUUACAGAAGAAAAGAUUGAUGAGAUUUUGAAUGAAUUUCUAAAGGACUUUAAAGAGGGUUCACUAGAAACCAAAGGUUGGCCCCUUGCUAUGCCUGCAUAUAGUGUCUCAAAAGCUGCUCUGAAUGCCUACACAAGGGUUCUGGCCAAGAAGCACCCCUCAUUCUGCAUCAAUGCUCUUUGUCCUGGCUAUGUGAAAACAGACAUAAACUACAACGCUGGUAUUCUAACACCUGAUGAAGGUGCUGAAGCUGCUGUGAGAUUGGCACUGCUACCUCAUGGUGCUCCUUCUGGCCUCUUCUUCUUUCGAACCGAAGAAAAAUGCAUUAACAAAACUAUAGUGAUUCAUAUCAAUGUUGUUUGUAGGUACGCUGUUGUGACUGGAGCAAAUAAAGGGAUUGGAUUUGCAAUAUGCAAGCAAUUGGCUUCAAAUGGGAUCACUGUGGUGCUGACAGCCAGAGAUGAGAAGAGGGGUCUUGAAGCUGUUGAGAAACUCAAAGAACUUGGUCUCAAUGGCCAUGUACUUUAUCAUCAACUUGAUGUUGCAGAUCCUGCAAGUAUAGGAUCACUUGCAGAUUUCAUCAGGAACCAAUUUGGAAAACUAGAUAUUUUGGUAAACAAUGCUGCAAUUCCUGGAGCACAUGUGAACGGUGAGGCUUUGGUUGCUGCUGAUAUAAUGAAACAUGCUGGCCCUGUUGAUUGGAGUAAAAUAGUAAUUAAUAGCUACGAAUUAACAGAAGCAGCUCUUAAAACAAACUACUAUGGAGCCAAGGAACUGACCACAACACUUAUUCCCCUUCUCCAGCUCUCAAGCUCCCCAAAAAUUGUCAAUGUUUCAGCAUCCAUGGGAAGACUAGAGAAUAUACCAAAUGGAUGGCCUAAAGAAGCACUGAGUGAUGUUGAAAACCUUACAGAAGAAAAAAUUGAUGAGAUUUUGAAUGAAUUUCUAAAGGACUUUAAAGAGGGUUCACUAGAAACCAAAGGUUGGCCCCUUGCUAUUCCUGCAUAUAGUGUCUCAAAAGCUGCUCUGAAUGCCUACACAAGGGUUCUGGCCAAGAAGCACCCCUCAUUCUGCAUCAAUGCUCUUUGUCCUGGCUAUGUGAAAACAGACUUAAACUACAACGCUGGUAUUCUAACACCUGAUGAAGGUGCUGAAGCUGCUGUGAGAUUGGCACUGCUACCUCAUGGUGCUCCUUCUGGCCUCUUCUUCUUUCGAACCGAAGAAAAACCAUUCUGA